UGAUUUUAAUCAAGAUAAUGGAUGUUCUUAUAGUCGUCGGCGGAAUAACUAUAAAAAAGCAAUUAGAAAAACAGAUGAUGAUUUUUCAGUAACAGAAUACGAAAUAAUCCAAAUCCGACGAAAUUAA